AUGGUUAAGAUGAAAGCAUCUCAAAGAUUUUUUAUAUUGGCCUGGAUUCUCUGUUUCGUGUGUAAAAGUACGGGUAAGUUGAAAAUAUACAUCUCUAAGAGUAAUUUUGCAAAGGUUUUUCACGUAAAUAUGUUAAUUACCAACUAAGUAGAUAUACAGUCAGUCGGUUUUCAGUAUCGACGAUUGGAUUGUCCACUUCAGGUUUUUUGUCAACUUUGCUCACUGACCAUUAAUUGGUUACUCACAAACCAUAUGCUCUCGUCUUAUAAGGAACAGUAUCAAAACACUUGGACUGUUUCACGAUCAUUUGAACUGCAAUCGUUCUAACAUGUACACCACGUUUAGUUGUCAGCACCACGGGAAGUAGCCAGCGGACACAUUAUUUUCGUGUGGAGAGAAGCGACGACCGGAAAUACGUGUGUGUCCGCAGGCUACACGGGAAGUCGUCGAUGUUGUGUUCUCACUGGAAGCUCACUCUAUAAUGAUCAACAAAACUAAUUGGAAAAAAGAGUCAAACACCGUGGAGAGAUUUUACGUUUGAUUUAGAUUGUUUGCCCUCGUAAUAUGCAGUGAUAUUCAGCUAAUCAAUGAUUAAUACGCCUAUUAAUAGUUCCAACGUUGGAUCGAAGAAGUGGAAAGGCAACCCAGUGACGUUUUCUCCGAGAACUAUGUGAAGACAUAGCAAAAACUGGGUCUGUUACUGAGGGAUGUUAGAGAGGGCUUUCUUAGAUAGCAAGAUAACAAGUUUCCCAACUGUUAACUGUUGACACUCAAGUGUUAUGGAGAAUGAUCUCAUUCUCUUUUGAUUUAAGGUGGAGCAAUUUCUGUUUUCAGCUGUAAGACCGCCACCAAUAAUAACAAAGUUUUCGGCGAAGGAUCUGAUCAACCCAGAUGAGGUGAAGUUCAACAAACCAAAAGCCUUCUCUCUGCCAUGCCAAGCUACAGGACUGAAUCUAACCUGGACUUGGAAACACAACGGGACAAAAAUACCAAAUAACUUCCGCUAUAAACUCAGUGAGGAUGGAACGCUGACCGGAAGUUAUUUGAAUGCAGACCAUAGUGGAACAUACCAGUGCUUUGUGAAGGAUGAAGAAACUGGCGUUGAAGUAUUUAGCAGAAAGCUACAAGUUGCAGUUACCGGUAGGUACCUAUUUAACUAGUCACUAGCUAAGCCUCAAAAUUUCCGUUCACGGUCAAUACGCUUCGGAUGGGUCACGUGAUGUGAAUAAAGUUUUACGGACUUCCGUCUCGGUUACUGAUUACCAAAAUGGAUUGGCCGUGUGGGGCUGGGGAGAGCCUCAGGGUCGAGGUACUCACAAGGCACGGCGACGUACUUUCGACUUUUUCCGCCCUGCUUUUACCUAUUCGCUGGCACCACUAACAUUGACAAAAAGCUACUGAUCAUUACUUUCACUGUGUUUAUUAUUAUAAUGUGCGAGGUUCUAACCUCUCUGAGUCUGUGAAUACAUGAGAUCCUAAAGUGUAACUGUACAAGGUGGAGGAUGAUUCUUAUCAGCUUUUUAAAACUGUCAAGGAAUUCGCGGUUUGCAUAUGACGUCACCAAAAUUUAAACUAAGGAAUUAUCAAUUCUUCUGAGUUCCUACUUUCAUGAGGUAUUACUACAGCUUAACACCUUUAUUUAUGCAAGUGCUCGGUUCGAAAGGGUUCUUCGUUUUGCGAUGGAGGACGCUUGAAUUCCCAAUUAGCUCAGUUUGCGUUACGCGGCAUUUAGCUGGCGGCCUGGGAAGCCGGCUUAUAUAGGCUGAAAACGUUACCAUUUUUAAACUUUCCUUGUCUCAGAAUAAAAUAUUACUUUAGUCUUUAAGAGUUCCUCGAGCGAUACGCAUUUGUAGGAAAACUCAAAACAGAUGUUUCUGUUGGUUUCCGGUGGCCAUGUUUGUGCCCCUCAAAGGGACACCAACAUGGCGUCACCAUACAAACCUUUAUAAAUUUGGGUAAAACUUUUUUCCAAAUAUCUCGCAUAUGAAAUAUUGCACGGACAGAAUUCCUGGCGAGGCUUUUUGUAUAUUUAUCUUGUUAAAUUUUCAGAUUCUGGACUUUCUGUAUUGAGAGAUAGUUUGCAUUUUCUUUUAAUUUUAUUUUUGAUGGCGUGACAGUGAAAAUCGACUGCUGUGAAUGUGUGAAAGCAGAGAAUGAAAUGAAAGUAGAGUGAAAGGAAAAAGGAAAUAUUUCACGCAACCCGUAAUUAGCUUAAGCUAAUCGAGGCGGACAGUGAAGUGGACAAGAAAGAAAAAUAAGAAAACCUAGGUGCAAUAAUAAUUUUAUGAAGAGAACAAAAGAAAAGGAGAAUUCUAAAAUACUCAAGCUCGGUCACGAGGGAUUUAGUUUCCAUUUCACAGGUUUUGUUUUUGUUCUUCAAGAUUUUAUCUCCCAAGUCGUUAUAGCUUUAAAUAGGGAAAAGCAAGUGGAUGGAGAGAUAGAAACUCGUCCGUUUGCCAGCGCAGCUCUGACACUACAGUCUUAGUAGUGCGACUGUAAUGAUAAGGGCGUUUUCCGGCCAUUUACCAAACACUUCCGGAAAUUUCGAUUCCAUGGAAAGGUCCAUCAAGUGAAGAACGUGUUCCAUUUGACACAAGUUCCAUUCGUUUAUGCUCCCGUCACCAAAACUCAAGAUGGUGGCAUAGCUAUAUAUGGUGAUUCCUUGUGAAAACUUGUAAAUGGAACAUGUUUUUUCAUCAUAGAAAACAGGAACCUUUUCAAAAUUCCACUUUCAACGGGAAAACAACAUGGAAAAACCAUUACUUAUUUUGGCUUUUCAAAAUUCCACAUUUCUAUUCCAAACAUGGUAAAAACUUUCCAGUGUAACGCCCGAAAAAAACCCAGUGUGCUCUGAAAAGCCCAUCCUUCGAAGGCUACACGGUUGGAAGGUCUUUGCCCUUAUUUACCAAGUUAACAUCUCAAUUUAAGGAAACCAAGCUAAUUUCCUGUUACUAGAAAUUUACUUAAAUAGAUAAACAAAUAAAAUAAAUAACGUGAGCUAAAUGCUUUCCCACGCCCUUUUAUAGCCCAUUCUACCCUCCACUUCGCAGACGUUCUUUUCAUUUCGUCACGCAAUCCUCCGGAAAUUCAUUUCCAUUAACGCAUUUCUUAGAACGAACCCCAAACGUUCUUUUGGCUUGUCACGCAAACGUGUGCGUGACCAACCCCUAAGAAACGUCUGCGUAGGAGGCUACUGAAUGAAGACUUGCUUUGUCCUAGUUGUUGGCGAUUUUAUAAACACAAGAGAUAAAGUAGAAAGGGUCAAUCUUGGACAAUCGUUCAGCUUUCGAUGUCCGCAGCACGAAGCAAGCUUCGGAGUUACCUUUACUUGGGAAGGAGGGAGUCAAAAAAUCCAAUUUUCAAGGAACAAACGCCGUGCUAUAUCUCUGGUUGGUGGUCUGUAUAUCAUGUACGUGACACAGGAAGACAUCGAUGAGAUCGAGGAGAAUAAUGGCAUUAAGUGCAAGAUCAGUGGAGCAGGAACUUACUAUCGUUCUGGAAGUUUGAAACUUGAGAAGAGUAAUACGCAACAAACAGGUAACGAAAAAGCUGAGUAAGUGAAUGAACGAACAAACGAUCGAACAAAGGAAGGAAGGAGGGAAGGAAUGAAUGAAUGGAUGGAUAGACGGAUGAACAGACAGACGGAAAGACGGACGGACGGACGGAUGGAUGGACGGAUGGGUGAAUGAAUGAACGCAUGAAUGAAGUGCAUAGAAUGAAUGAAUGAAUGAAUGAAGGAAGGAAGGAAGGAAGGAAGGAAGGAAGGAAUGAAUGAAUGAAGGAAUGAAUGAAUGAAAAAGAGAAAGGGAAUAAUAAUGCAUGAAUAAAUACAAUGAAUGAAUGAAUGAAUGAAUGAAUGAAUGCAUGAAUAAAUACAAUGAAUGAAUGAAUGAAUGAAUGCAUGAAAAAAUACAAUGAAUGAAUGAAUGAACGAACGAACGAACGAACGAACGAACGAACGAAUGAAUGAAUGAAUGAAUGAAUGAAUGAAUGAAUGAAUGAAUGAAUGAAUGAAUGAAUGAAUGAAUGAAUGAAUGAAUUGAAAAAGAGAAACGGAAUAAUAUAAAUGUUGGUAAAUGUUUAAAAACAUGGGCCCUUAACCAUCCAUUGCUGGUUCACUGAUUAUCAAGUCUAACUCAUGAAUAGUGGCGCUGACAGACUGAUCAACCAUUUCAUUAUUCUCAGAAAUGAAAAGGAAAACAAAAUAAAGUUGAGGCUCAUGAGGGCCAAGCCUCAACUGCAAGUUACCAGGAAUACUAGAAUCAUGGCCCAUUCCAAGAAAAGAUUAACCACUUCUUAGUAUCUUUUCUUUGUUUUCAUAGCAAAGCAAUCACGAUUACUUUUCCUCACAACGUUUUGUUUUUGUAUUUUUUAGAUCCCGGGAUUCUAACUGCACCCUCUUGGCUAGUUAUCCCUCAAAGUCAAGAAAUUGCUAUUGAGGGAAGAGGCAAAACUUUGUAUUGUCUGGCCACAGGAAGGUUUGUUGUUCCGAACACGCCUUGCAAAAAGAAAAUAAAUGUAUUUUCUAAAAGCUAGGUUCAUAUUUUACCAGAUGGCUUGUAUGGUACCUGAUGGUCUUUGUUUCAGAGAUACGAUUUUGUGAGGGCGCUCCAUUCGGAAAGUGGAGUACUUUGUACUACUUGGGUAUUGGGCCGUUUUGUAACUUCACAUUAUACCAAUUCGAUUUCUGAGCUUGCACAAAACUGUCAAAACUCGGUCUAAUAAAGUGUGAUUAAAAAUAGCUAAAGAGUUUGAUGAUUAAUAACCAGACUGAUCUGAAAGACACAAAGAUGCAUUAUAAUUGUCAAUUCUUUGUAGUUGUUCUGAGUGCUAGGCAUUUGGUAGUAAGUGGGGUUUCUUGACGGCUCUUCGCCAACACAAAUGUAGGUAGACCAGCACUACGUACCUAAACAAGGCAAAUAAAUGAUGAUGAUGAUGAUGAUGAUGAUGAUGAUGAUGAUGAUGGUAUAGUGACCGAAGAUCUUCUUUAAAUAUUGCAGGCCUGAACCAAGCAUUACUUGGAAGAAAAAUGGGCAGCAAAUUAUCGAUGGACAGAAUUCUUUUGAGAUUCCUGCUUCCUUCUUUGGCAGAAGUUUGCAAAUUGACGGAGUAAACAAGACUGAGCAUGAAGGCCAAUAUACUUGUGAAGCUGAAAAUUCCAUGAGCGGUGGUCAGCCUUUAAUUUACACCGUAAAUCUGGUGGUAGAAGGUAUGUAAAAGCCUUGCUUCCUCUACUCUGCAGCCGCACCCUCCCCUCCCCUCUCUUCCCUUAGAAAAAGGAAAAACGUUCUCCUCUGUCUUGUCAGGGGAAGGGUGCGGCUACACGUUGGCUAUCUCGGGUGGGUCCAGGUGGGUCUCAGUAAGUCUCGAGAAUUUUGUAGUGUGGUGGUGAUGGCAGCAUUAUACUUUUUCAUUUAAAACUUUGUAGACGUGACCUUUUUCAUAAACAAAUAUUAGUUUUAUUUUGAAUGGUGGACUUUCUUAGUCAGGUGAGUUACCAUAACCAUUUAUUGCAAUUUCCUUUUUAGUACUCUUUGCAAAGGCUUAUUUCAGUCUAAUUUGUUUGGUUUUUAUGACUAUAAGUACAACGUUUAUGGAACUAAUGGGAGGUUUCGGAAAUUAAAAGUUUACUGUAAACUGUAACGGUUUCAUUUUAGAGAGAGAUUGAGGCGAUAAGAAAACAUUAAAUUAUUACAAGGAAUUGAGAACUUAAAGGAUGUUUAAGUGUUGUAAUUCUAAAAUAUAAAAUUUUGCACAAUAAUGGACGUAGCUGGUCAUAUGACUUAAAAAAUGGCAUUGUAAGAACCUAUAGUAAAAUAGUUUCUUUCAUCUGGGCACGGUUAUAAUCAAGGUUAAAGGAAGUGCGAGACAAAACGAGAAAAACAAGCCAGAUAUCAGAGAGGAGCCAUUCCUUAAUUCACGGUGGUAGAGAUUAAUAUACAAGUUCCAUCGUGUGCUUAUUACUUUCUUAGUUGCACCAAGGUGGACUAUUGAACCACCACCAAAGGAAUUAGACAUCGUCAUUGAAAGAAAUGGAAGCCUGGCGUGUCACGUGACAGCAGUUCCUGAUGCGUCUAUCACGUGGUACAAAGAUGGACGGCAGCUGAUUUCUUCCAAGUAAGUUUAAGACGGACAAAAUAAACAAGAUUUAAAAAAAAACACCUCUUGUGGGAAAACAAUUCAAAAAAAACAUAUAUUUCUAACAAAUACUUUCAUCCCUUCUAUUUCUACAGCCACAGCUUAAUAAUUCAUAAAGAUAGACUGGAGUUUAGAGGAGUCUCUUUGGAUAGCGAAGGCGUUUACCAGUGCGCUGCGGAAAAUAAAUAUGGAAUGAUAGCUUCUGCCACUUGGGUUCGUGUGCUGGGUAAGUUUCUGUACAUUCUCUUAGGGUCGAUUUGCACGAGCAACUGGUCCGCCUCUCAUCGCUCUCCGUUGCUAGGGACGUGUCAUAGGAAGUAAAGGAUAAUUAAUUAAUUAAUUAAUGAUUUAGAGGAAGUUCGUCCACAAAGUGGUUCUUCUUCUACCAUUCCUGGUCGAACUGGAAUUUGGAAAUGAUGGUUUUUGAGAAGCGGGGAAAUCCUGAGUACACAAAGAACAACCUCUCGGGGCAAAGGAGACAACCAACAACAAACUCAACCCACAUAUGGCAUCGACGCCGGGAUUUGAACCCUGGCCACGUUGGUGGGAAGCGGGUGCUCUCACCUCUGCGCCACCCUUGCAUUUCAGGUCCCUCUGUUGCCCAUGUGUAAGGAUUUUGUGGCCCUCAGGUGUAAUCACCCCUGAAAUACACGCGCUAGAAUUCUGGGUAACUCCCGUACUAAACAAACUCAAGUGAAUUCAUCUAAACCCUUGUUAAUUUUAGAGGUCAAUUAUGUGGAAUGUAUGUUCUGUAACUAUAACUAUUUUUAGACGGAAGAGACAAAAUCCGAUUGUGUGACCACUUUUAUGAAUCCGGCUUCAGGAGUACUUUGGUAAAAAUUGUUUUAAGGCACUCAAGGUUAAAGGAGUUUGAAUAAAAUUCUAUUCUUUGUAGCUUGGAAGCCAUCGUUCAGCGACGUGCAGUUUGGUCCUUUUCAACUGCUUCACGAGAGCAAAGGAAGACUACCUUGCAAUCCGAGUGCCGCGCCUCGACCGACAUUUCAAUGGUUUAGAAGUGAUGUACUCAUCUCGUACGGAGAUAGCAGCAGGUACGAGUUAGAACAGGAUGGCACACUGAUAAUCAAGAAAGUCGAUAAAGAUAUGGAUGCUGUGAACUACACGUGCAGUGCUAAGAAUUUCUUGGGCUCAGAUUCUGCAACGGCAGUUACUAUUGUUCUUGGUAAGAAUUUUUGUAUGUUAUUUUGCUUUCAUUACUACCUUUACAUCAUCAUCAUUCUUGAUAAUAGCAUUACCACCAUCUUCACUAUCUACCAGUCGUCAUCACCAUCUUUCGUCGCCGUCGUGAUCAUUAGGGACCUUACGAUCUGACAACGGCGACGUCCAUGAAAACGUUGCAGAAAAAUAGACUUCGCAUCCUUUUAAACUUUUUCACGAUUAUCCCAAUUCGCCUUGUUACUUAAAAGAAGGGAAUUUUCGUUGGAGAUGAAGAGCAGGGCCCUCGCUUGAGUUCAGACAGAGAUGGUAGAAUUUAUCGCCUGGCCGUUCCCGUUCCCUGGCCGUUCCCGUUCAAAUAAACUUAAAAUUUGGUCAUCUCACGUCAUAGUUUAGCAGGGACAGCAGAGAAAUUACAAAAAAGGGUGAUGCACGUGCUGAGUUGUUGUUUUGCUCAUUAAACCUAUUGCUUUGUUGACGUUCUCCUUGCCGUCGCCGUCGCAGUUUCGUAAGGUCCCUAUUAUCGUCAUCAUCGUCAUCAACAACGUCAUCAUCAUGAUCAUUAUCAUCAUUGUUAUCAACAUCAUCAUCAUCGUCAUCUUAUCGUCAUAAUUGUCAUCAUCAAAAUCACCGUCAUCAUCGUCAUCAUCAUUACCGUCAUCAUCGUCAUGUUCGUCGUCACCAUCAUUGCCAUAACCUUUACCAACAUCAUUACCAUAUCGACAUCAUUAUCAUUAUCAUCAUUGUUAUUAACACAACACCACCGCCACCACCAUCACCAUUAUCAUCAAGAACUAUAGAAGUUUCUAAGCAGUGUCUUUUUGUUCCUAGUUCGACCAAGCUUUGCCAGAGUGCCAACUAAUCAAACCGUCAAAGAAAAAGAAAAUGCGAUGUUUCAAUGUACAGCCACAGGGAAACCAAUUCCAAAAAUAACAUGGUUUAAAGGCAAGAGUGAGAAGAGUAUUGGAGAAACACUGAGCUUUAGAGUGGACAGGGCUGACUCUGGAAAAUACUGGUGCGAGGCGGACAAUGGCCUGGGAUUCACUAUUAGGGCUGGCGCUUAUCUUAACGUCCAAUGUAAGAAAACAGAGCGUGUAACUUAUGUUCAUGACCGUGUUAAUCUAUCAUGAAUAUAUCCUAGAAUAUGCACGGCCGUAAUUAGCAGUAAUAGGGAGCUUAAGGAACGGUAACGGCAGCGAAAACGUCACUUAAAAAGUUCACAAAACGAAAAAAGAAAAUCGUUGUUAUGUGUUCCCGUCCUCCAUAAAACGGGAAAUUAGGUAGUUUCACGCCGUACUCGUGCAACAACUGCAAAAAGCGUGAUCGCGCACAGCGUUGUUGUUUUGCCAAUCUAAACCUACUGCUUUUUUGCAGUUCCGGUUGCCGUCGCAGUCUUCGUUGCUUAAUCUCCCUAUUGUUAGCAAGAGGGGGGUGGGGGCAGAGGGGAGUGAUUUAUCCAGACCAGACCCUUAGAUAAGAGGGUGCCUGACCUCAAAAAUAUUUUUUGGACCUAUGUGCUUCGGUUUCACCUAAAUUCAAGGUGGACGCUCAGGUUGCCGGGGAGGCGGGCCACUCCCUUAGGGUCGGCAUCUUAGGUCGUACAGGUGUUGAACCAAGGAGCUGAGAAAUGUAAAACUCACCAUAUCGCUUUCAGUUCAAAGAAAACGUAACAAUCUUUGGUUCAGUCAGAAUCAAAUUCUAAGGAAAAGCUCAAGGUGAAUGAUCCAAACCCACAAUUUGGCCUUCAAGUAGACAGUAGUGAAAACUAGAACUGCUCGUUUGGGUGAGCAAUAAUGCGUUCUUAAGGAAGGAUCAAUGAUCAGGCGAGAAGGAGACUUUAGGAGAGGAGGAAAGUAGAGCGACAAGCUUUUUUAGUUUCCCCUCUCUGUCUGUUUCGCCCAAUCUUGUUCGCUUAACAAUGAAGAGCACCAGGGGAAGUACUCAACAAAAGGUUAUGCAGGGGGGCUCCAUCCCGAGGUCCUACUCCUUACCUUUUUAUAGAUUCUUUUAGAAAGGAAAGGUGCCCCUUUGGUAUACCUUUUAUUGAAAAAUGGUAUCCCCUUCACAUGUUAGUUUAGAAUGCUGUAUCUCUUUUAACUUUUGUAAGUGCACCGUCUUUUAAAUAUGAAUAAACCACUAGAAACAGCCGUAAAAUGCGCCAGUUAGUCCUUUUAGGUCCUUUCACAGACCGCAGUGUCAGAUUUCCCAAACCUCUCAUAUACUUCAAAGAGUGAAAUCCUUUCUUGUACCAGCCUCCUUGUAUAGGACAUUAUAGGGGUGUAUGCGUAUCCCCCCGCCCCUCACCCCCGCUCUUGCUGUAGAAGAGGCUUUUACUAGUCUACGUAAUUAUUUUCUAUGGCUUGCUCUUAAAUUUACAAAAGAAAUGUCUGCAAAUUUCCUUGUUCGCAGAUGAACCAAGUUUCACUGUAAAACCAAAGGACCAGAUAGUAGAAGAGCAAGGGACUGUGUCAUUCAAUUGCGAUGCCAUUGGAAACCCCGCCCCUCAAAUAACAUGGAUCAAAGAUGGCGAAACGAUCGGAAAUACUAGCAACCUAACAUUCACGGCCUUCAGGAAUAAUUCUGGAAAAUACUGGUGUUUGGCGAAGAACGAGCUCGCUGCUGCUAUUGAGGACAAUGCCUUUCUUGAAGUGCACUGUAAGUGGUCGUCCGGAUGAAUGUUUUAGAAUUCAAUGUGUUGAAUUACUACACCGUCUUUUUUCAGUUCGUCGAAGGAUGAACAUGAUCCCUCAAAGAUAACUGCGGUAGCAGAGCCCGAGAAUUUGAGGGGGUUAAGUGGUGAAACAAUUUUUGUUAAAGUUUUAUGUAAGCCUAAGGUUCCCUUAAUAGCGGUGAGGUUUUUUUUUUUUUUGGGGGGGUCACAUGGGUAACUCGAGUUUUGACGUCAAGUGAUGACGUUACUUUAGCGAACGUCAAUUUGAGAUCUACUGAUUGAAAAGAAAAAAUGCACUUUAUUUGAGUGCCAAUGUAUUUAGCAUGAAAACUAAUUGGGGACACUAUUUUUUACGUCUCCUACUGGAGACGGGACCGCCAUUUUACGUUGUCGUCCGAGCCACGUGAAGGUCUAAACGCUUGCGGGGCAAAGGAAGUACCUUCAUUUCUCAGUUAUUUUAAGACCCUAAGUAUUGGUCCGGCCCCGAAAAACAAACCCAUAACCUCCCGCUCUGCAGUCAAGCGCUCUACCGACUGACCUAAUCCUGCCGCGGUUAAAGUAAGGACAUCCUCUCACUGAAUAUCGUCGCUUCUUUUAAAAGCGGUACAAGUAAUAUGUGAUUACGACCAACUAAUUUUCGUAUAGAAAUCGAAAGCAAUAUUGAUACAUACCCGACCAGACUACCUUGCUUUGGAUCCUGGCAGAAACGGGGCAAAAACGUACAUUCUUUGUUUAGGAUCCUGAAGAAAAAAAAAAGAGUUAGAACACUGAGGUGUGAGUUUUUAAAACUGAAAUGACUGGUUUUAAAUUUCAGAUAAGCCUGAGGACACACAGUUGUCGUUCAGCGGUCCAAACAUCAGUGCCGUUCCGUUUGGUACUGAGAUAACCUUCAAUUGUACCAGCCACGCUCGUCCUGAUGUUCAAGAGUACUGGUUUUACAGAGAAAAAGCGAACAAAACACUUGGCUCUAGCGAAACUGGUGUUUUUCGUUUCGUCAUUAAAGAGCCCGGUUCAUACUCCUGUGCUCCUGUUAACAGUGUAGGAAAGGGAGAGGAAGCUGCAAUUUCCAUAGGGGUAGACGGUAGGUGCCGUGUGCUUAAUUCUUUUUCCGUGAUUUGGUUUAUUUUAAAGCAGGAGUUGUAUUCGCCUCGAAUCUGGUGCCCGUUUCUCGAAAGACCCGGAAAUUUUUCGGGCCCAAAGUCAAAUUUUAAAAUCAAAACCUGUUGAAUAGCCCACAAACCAGUCAAUUUUGCUUUGUUAACUGGUAGUUUUGUUGUAUCAUUUUCAAAAUUAUUGAAAUUUUGAUCGUGAAUGCAAACGUGGAAAACAUAGAAGCAGCUUUCCGGGCAAGAAACGUUACCGGGACAUUAGAGAAACAGGCCCUUGGGCCGAGUUAGCUCGCGGAAAGACUUCUGGAAUCGUUACUUUGGACGUGCCGAAUUUUUUUCCCUGUUCCCCGUAGCAAUCCCAAAAGUCUUUGCGAAACUUAACUCAACCCAGUUUCCUUCUCGUUUCUAAAGUGGCGACUUGGCCGGUUUGAGGUGGUGUGUUUUGUCGAAUUGCACCAUGGGAAUGUUUGGGGACACUAUCGCUUCUUUUAUUGGCUAUUUCUAAGUUGCACAGAAAGCAAGGUCGAAAUUCAUUCCCCAAACAGUCCCAUAGUGCAAUUCAACACGACACCGACCCAGCCCUCCCAAGUGCAACCUCAAAAUCAGCCUCGUUCCCAGGGUUUAGGAGAGAGUCCUGGGAACGAAGUGGACUCAAAAUGCCGCUACGACUGGAUCACCACCUCCAUAAAGUAACAAUAAAUUUAUACGUCAUGUUUAUUUACUUUCAGGAUCUCCUUCCCCUCCAAGUAAUCUCCAGGUAAGUGAUCUGGACUGCAACGAAUUGACCCUGAAGCUCUCCUGGAUCCCUGGAGCCUCGAACGGCGCCCCUAUUGACUACUACCUGAUUGAGAAGGAGUCCUCUGGUAUUCCUGUGGUCUUUCUCUUCAUACAUAACGUCACGGACCAUGAAGUCACAGAAAUUGUCUUGAAUCUAACUAAGAGGUCUGUGCCUCGAUUCCGAAUGAUGGCUUUCAACAAAUUUGGCUCUAGCCGCCCAAGUGCACCAACAGCUGAGGGAAUUUGUGGGACCAAGGCCGCUAAGACCUCAACAGGUACAUUAACUACAAUAAACUGCUGAAACGAGUUAGGCUCUAUUCACAGAACAGAAUUCUUCUUUUUGUUAAACGUGUUGGAGAUUCGGUGCUGCGUUCUAACGGCUUAUAGAUGUUCCAAGCAAGAAUGCCGGAAUAAAUAAAUAAAUAAAGAACAAAACAACACAAACAAAGAAAAAUCGUAGAAGGUACCUGCUCGUGCCGUGCGCAAGGAAGGAAGGCAUUCUUGCGUUUUAACUUUCACCAAGUACGGGUUUACGUGGAAUACGUGCAAAUGCAGCGGGAAAGAAGAUCUACUCAUGUUAUGGGUGCGCUUGUGCUACUUAACGGUCACUUGGGCUAUGUUCAUACCAAGGGCUUCUGUUCACACAAGAACGGUGACCGUGCGAGGCUGUGCCGGGCCGAUCUCGAAAGUGGAGCGUCACAUAUCGGAAAGGUCCUGUGCUACACUUUGGUGAAGUGUGAACAUCGUUUUCGGGCCGUAGUGGAAGUGAAUAAGAAGGAAAGAGGACUGGAAUUCACUGAGGCGGAAGUAUAAAUAUUUAGUACUUAGGACUGGGAUGUAGAGAUCCAUACCCUCUCGGCCAACCACUCUGGCACGAUGUUUGACGAGUGAACGACUUGCUCUGAGUUUAGCCUGCGAGCAAGCUCUCCAUUUGGGGGAGUCGCGAGAAGUCACGCGAGAGCAGCACGCAAGAGGAGACGCGCUCGUUUUGCCCAUAAACGGAGAGCUAGCAGGCUAGCAGGCUACUCUUAGAGCUAUGCCUUUACCGUUCAUACUAUUCCGGAUAGACACGAAACGCUGUUCGUUAUAGUGCGAACAUUGCCUAGACUACGAGUAGUCCCUCAUUUGUCCUCAGUGAUAGUAGAGCGAGCAAAUUAAUGCGAGUGCGCGUGAAAAUCAUCACCCCACGGAGAAAGGCGAGACGCGGUGGGAUGAUAUUCACGCGCGCUCGCGUUUCGCUCGCUCUACUAUCCCUGAGGAAAAAUGGGGGACUACUCGUAGUCUAACAUAGCUUUACAUAUUACUGUUUUAUUGAUUAGAUCUGGUUGGGCUAAAGCAAGAAGAAGAAUCCCCAGUCUACUCCAAGACCUGGUUUGUUAUAGUGCUUGCACUUGCUGGGUAUUUUUUCCUUUUCGUGGUUGUUCUUAUUCUCAUCAGAAAGUAUCGUUUUGGAAGAGGGCACAAAUAUAAUGGUAUGUACUAUAUGUAACGUAAGAAAAAAGGCCGUUGGUCAUGCAGCAUCUUGCCUCACCUUUCUAUUAGUAUAAGGGCUUGAUACAGUUUGAGUUUCAAACCACUUAGGUGGCAGGAUUUGGAUAAUGCUGUCAGAAUGGGCCAAUCUGUUGGGCUUCUUCACAACACUAGAAAAGACGUGGAGAGGGCAUCGGGGUGGAAAACUUAAGCUUAUGUUUUUUAAGUGGGUAGAUGAAAACUACGAUUUGACCAUUCCAAUGUUAUCUACUGACGGCAGUAAUCUCUUGUGGUUCUGUUUACUAUGUUCAUUGUACAAGGUGAUUUUAACUUUCGCGUUUGUGGUUGAAAUCCUAAAAUGGUGUGACCAUUCAAAUGAAAGCUACUAAGCAAUGCUUCCCUUGGGUUAAUUAAGUGUUCUAUAUAAGGCGGUUCUUACUUUUUUGUAGGAAAAACUUGUUCUCUAGUCCUAUGAUGUGAUACUACUUUAUGAUAAAUACCUAUUAAAGCAAGAUGGCAAUUUCAUGUUCGGUAGUGCAUGCCAUAAAGAUGUGAUUAGCAUCAUUUCAAGGCUUUGCCGGUCAAGGUCUUGAGUGCCCGAUAGGAAACAAAGCUACAAUCAUGGACAAAUUCCUUGGGACUGUACCAAAGUAUUCAUAAUUUUCUGCAAUUUCUGGGUUCCCUCAUGAAACAGUGCAUCGUUUUCGAAAUUUCUCGCAGUUUUCCCUCCCCCACCCUAUACAAAGUUGAAACUCAUGAAAAAAAUUCUGGAUACAGGAGUCCAACGUUGUUUGUGGGGUGGGGGGAGGGGUUGGGCUUGUGUGAAUUGGAAAACGCCCCAGAAAUGAAAAGUGCCCCAAGAUUUUUAACUAUGAUUGUAGCUAUGACCUCCCAGACAGCAAACGGGCCCUUUCUCCACUGAGAUAAGAAGAAGUUCAUGAAGAGCAAGAAAAUACUUCGGAUUCUCUUUUGCUCUGUGGAUGGAGCGUCUGCUACACCUGUAUGUGUCAGGGAUGUUGUUGGCUCAAAUCCUGUCGAAACGCAAGUAGAGUUUUCUUUUUUUCUUGCCCUCGAGUCAUGAUGAUUAUCACAUCUUUUUCAUGGUACAAUUUCGUUUGAAGAGCUUUUAUUGCUUUUAGUCGUCCUUGAGAAUGAAAGGGUUUAAUAGACAGGCAUGUUCGUUAUCUGAUAGCCUACGUAGCUGUCGGGAUUGUUGCGCUCGGGAGAGCCACCACGGGGGAUUUCCGGGAGCGGCGAAGCUGCGAGUUGACUUGCUUCUAAUCCUCACGCGGCUCCGACACCGAAAAGCAACAGCGUAAUUAGCCCGCUAAUCCGCCAGCUACGCAGGCUAUUUAUCUGAGUGAUUUUAAUGACUUGACUCCGAUUUUUCCGGCAGUUGAACUACGCGAAAACAAAUAUGGUUCUGUGAAAUACCAAAAUCGGGAAAGAAAAGUGAAAACAGAUUCAGAGAAUGACCAACAAAAUGAAGAGGAUGAAGAAGGAAACAUACCUUUCAUCAAAAACAGUAGUCCACGGUACGUAUUCUAACGAAGCACUUGUUGCACAGGCAUACCAGGAGCCGCAACGAAUAACAACCGGUCCCACAAAUAAUGAAAUACCUUCUUAGAGUAUCAGUUUGAUUCAUCUUCAUUCUUUCUCUGCAAAUGACGCCCCCGUUUGGACGCACGUUCCAUAUAUCCAUAAUUCAAUUGGCGCUUCUUUGGAACUAGGUCGGAAUACUAUUCAAGCUGAAUCGGUUUAGUUUCCAUUGUUUAGUCCUUCCUCCUCUGCUGUGGUUCCUGUCGGCAGUAAACGAGAAAGUUUUUCUUCGUCCCAUCAUCGUUCUUUGCAUGUAUUCUUUUCCCUCUCCGCAGCCUCUUCGUCCCGCGUUUUUACGAAUGGUUUACAAAAGUGAGCGCUGAGGAGAAAAGAAUUGUUGUUGUGGAAACCAUUAAUAUCAAGGGAAUGGCUGCAACGCGUUAACCAAUAAUUAUUUUGAGGUGUUUUCUUUGUAAACAUAAUUCACCGCUAAUCAUUAUAUACUGUUUAUUUUACGUUACAGGGAGAAAGAAAGGCCGACUUCUCUAUAUAGCGCAUCUGAGGAGAAUCUAUUUUCCGAGGACUUUGCCUUUGCUGACGAAUACAAAGAGGCGGACGUUGUUUUUAAGUAUGAAAAAGAAGGGAUCUUUGUUUAAUAAGGUUUGCGACGGGCAAGGUUCUUUGUAUGGCGCAACAUGCAGCUAUAUGGCUCAUGAUAGUAAAGAGUUGCUUUGUCAUGAAGUGUAUAACGAAACAAUCUUCGCUGCACGCUCCGUUUAAAAUACCACGCUUCAAUUCAGAACGUUUCAUAAUUAGUAUUGUCUGAGAAAAAUUUUGCGUGACAAGAGACGAAAAGAAGAGUAAAAGACGGGAAGACCAAUCCUGAAAUCAAAAAAGAAACCUCAUCGAAAAAGAGACUGGUGAAAAUGAGGUUGGGGCAGGGUUGGGGUCCUGAAACACUAUGGACAAGUCUGGAAAAGUCUGUGGCGGAACAAGUUUUCUUUAUCCAUUGAAUACCUCCUCGUCACCAGUUAUGCGUUGUAAUAUUGCGCAAUGCAAACGCUCUGCCCUUGAGGCAAACCAAAAUACAAGGAGAGUUAGCAGAGAACAGGAACUAAAAUUGAACUGGAGCUAUGCUAUUGGUAGACUUGAACAACAGCGCAAACCCACCGAAUUUCUAGCCUACGUAGCAGGCGCAUGGAAGAAAUGGGUGCAGGAAUGAACGAGGCGCGCGCGAGAGAGAGAGACACCUCCCUCUCCCUUCGCGUGUCUCCUUCGCGCGCCCUGUUCUUUCUUGCGCUAGCUGAACAUUGGUCUUUCUUACUGUAGCUAUGCAGUUUCACUUAUAUGUGAUAUAUCAAAAUUUGAUGUAUGUUAACGUUGAAUAGAUGAUAACUGACAGAAAAAUACAAUCUUUUUAAGGAACAAUCAGGACGGAGUAUUCAUUGUGUAGAUUCACUAUAAAUCUAUUUAGCUUUGUUAUUUUUUGUAAAAUAGUUAAUAUGCAAAAAAAGCGCUGCCAAAUGCGUACCAUCUUAGAUAAAUAUUGGUUAUUCCAGUCAGCUAUAUUUAACAAAUAAAGAAGCUUGAAAGUGC